AUGUUGACCACAUGGCCUUCAAAUAUCCCGGUGGUCCAUGACGAAACACUUGCUGUGUUGCAGUCGUUUGUGGGCAGCUCUCUCUUGUUAUCGACAAACAAAGGAAGAUUGUGGCGGCACGAAGAGUGGAGAUACAUCGUGCUCACCUGGCAUCCAAUAAUUACGCUCAUACCAUUUUCGGUGCAGACAAAGGUGCAGUUGUGCGAGUAUUUUUCUGCCAACGGACACACUGUGUUUCCAUCUGGGGAUGAGGCCACCCACCUUAUCAGAGGCUGCAACAAGCCUGUUCCUGUGACAACUUUCCUUUUUGCCCUCAUCGAUGCUGGUGUCGAAUUUGUAAGAUUAGUCAAUUUCAGAAUGAAAAUGAAACUGAACACCUUCCCCGAACUACCAAGAGACCUCCUGGAUUGCGCUGCUGAAGAUAAUGGCUUCCCCCCCAACGAAUGGGACAUUUCCCUAUCCCGCCGCACCGAUUUCCUGUACCUGAUAAAACCCCAUGCCCCAUAUCCUCUCCACGUGACACCUAACCCUUACCCAAUCCUUACACCACUAAACCCUAACCCCAGAGUUACCCUUGGUGGAAACCUAAACCUCGUAUUUACCGAUGAUGGGCCGAUAAAAUCUCUAAAGGUCUAUAACCUGCAAUACCACCUGUUGAGGGCUUCCAACUCGCAGCCACUUAAUGCGACCAUCACGACGAGACAGGGAGGCUGUGCCUAUGACAACAUGUUUUCCAUCUUGGCGGCCAUGCGCGAGGCAAGGGAUCUAGUCGGUGGACUGCGCAUGGAAGUCAGAGCGCGCUUCAACCACCACAUGGAUGCCAUACAGCAUAUUUUGACGCACCACCUUUUCAGCCCGGCCAGCUUCGAGGUACGCACAAGCUGCCGAACAAUAACAGUAGCCGAAUACCUCCAGGAUGCCAGUCGUCUUUUUCGUAAGGCGAGGCAAAUUCUUGCUGCCAACAAUGUUAUGAGGCAUGAUGUAAACCGCGAGCUAACCAUUAGAGAAAAAGCCAUUCUUGGUGAUCUCAAACUCCUUCUCGGAUACAGGCAUGCAGGGUUCAAGUCCGAUCCCACUCUUGGACCAAUAUGGUGGUUAGAUCGCAACCCAGCACCACCCAUUCCACCACAGAUUCCACCACCUCGACGACCUCCCCAACCGAUUAUUAACUUGGACAGUGAUGAUGAAGAGCAGCCACCCGCUGACAACCAACCUCCACCCAGACCGCCACCUACCAACCUGAACAACGCUCUGAUCAUACUGGCAAGAAACAAUCGGUCUGAUGUAGGAAACCACGCUAUAAGAUGGCAAGAAGUACACCGUCUGUUCACGAUGCGAUACCCGGAGGUGAAUUCAACAAGCGAACAGUUAAGAAAUAGAGUCAGGCACCUGCGAAAAAAGAAUCCAAACUUAUUAGAAUGA